AUGAUAGUCUGUUUGUCCGUGAUUGUCCUAGCUUCAACGGCUCAUGGACAACUGUCAAGAUGGGGAAUGGGGUGGGGCGUGUGGCCUUACUAUCCAAUACAUCAUGCCUGGAUGAUGUACGGUCCAGAUUGGUCCCCAACUCCAUGGUACGGCUAUCCUCUCUCGUACUACCCUAUGUCGGCGUACGGCGCGAAGAGUGAAAAAGAUAACUACUCGUAUAACGCCCCGUAUAACAAACUCGGAUAUUUUACACUUCCAAGAUUGAACGGCAUUUUUCCUAAGUUUGUCAACAACUACGAUUAUUCGAACCAGAUGUACGCACAUCCAUACCGGCCGAUGGGAUCACCCCUGCUCUCAUCAGAGGUUCAUGGUUACACAUAUGGCCCAGAAAUUAGCUCAUAUGGCGGUGGCGGUUAUGGGACUGGACCAAGAUUUCACCCCUAUGGAGUAAAUACGAAUGUGGGCGACUUUGGUUUCAGACCCAGAGGUUUAUGGGGUUUUCCACCUAUAAAUUUUAACUUCGGCUAUGGACCACAAACAUUCAACUCCGUACCGCCAAUGUACAGCACUAAUGACGUUAGUGAGUAUGGUGACGGCAGUGAAACGGAGCGCGAUGAGUCGAACGCGGGCAAUUACGAAGACGAUAAUUAUGACUCGGGUUACAACCAGAAUGAAAAAAAUUCCGAUGAGCGAAUGGAUGACUACGAUGACCAACGUCGAAUACGCCGACCAAUUCCAGUAAAGUCUGCUAGGGCAAAGAAAUCGGUCGUGAGGGGUAAAAACAAGUUAGCCUACACAGAGAAGGGGAAAAACGAUGAAGAGGAGGGAAAAAGGGAACUUUCAAAGAAAUAUGCUAUGAUACAUCGUUACAACGCGGAAGUCGAUACGCUUGGUUACGACAAAAAUGGUUAUGGAUAUGAAAAAACAAACUGGGCAAGAUCGAGGUCCAGUCCGGUUCCAAACUGGGUCAAACCUGAAAGUCAUUAU